CAUUUUCUCGUGUAUCACACCAUAUGAGAUUCCAUGAAUUAUUCCUUUUGCGUGAAGAAUAUCAUAUGUUAAAGCCAUAAACGCCUUUCAUUUGCUUAUUUUCUCUCGAAAAGUUAUUAGUUGUUAUAGGCUGUUCUAACAUGUUACCAGUUUUAUUGAUUUAUCGAUUUUAUCGAGUGCUUUGCUUUCAACGGCUAGAAUGCUACAUCAUAGCCUCCUCUAAGUGAUUUUCCAAUGUGUGCCUAGCUAGUUUACUUACCAUAUAUUUUGAGUGACAAUGAAUGGGGCUCUGUAGUUUGUAGCUGGUGCAAUCUUGCGUGCGUGUCUAUUCCGAUAUUGCGGACAAAUCUUUGUUGACGUCACAGGACGCAUUGGUAUCGGCACAGACACACGCUAGCACAUCUCUCAAUCAUCACUAACCCAUUUUAGUUACCGUAGUUACUUAUUUUCAGCUUUUCCCUCGUAUUUGUCUUAGAAAACGCACUUAUAUAUGUUUGUACAUAUACGUGCUGGUUUUCGUUAAUGAGUAAUAUGUAUUUUAAUCUUUACCUUCUGCUAACCCACAAAAUGGAAUUCUCAUUAUAUUCGGCACUGUCUGCAAGAUUCUACUCCAUAUUGCGUGUUCUCUCUGUUUUUUUUACCAUCCUUUUCCCAGUUACCGGUUUGUGCUGCUUUCCAGUGUAUGUUUCUUCCCGAUUAUCGAUCGCUAUUGAUCGACAUUGUAACAGAGGUGUAUGUUUCCUAUUGAUCUAAUCCCAAGAAAUGCCUUUUGUCUUUGAUAUAUCCCAUGAAACUGUGUCUUUUAACGUAGCGUACAAAAUUGUAGCGUCCCGUGUCUUGAUUCGAUCGAUAAUUUGACAGCAUUCGAUGUAAGAAAAGCAAUUUACGAUUUAGAUCGAAUCAUGUGCACAGAUAGCGCUUCUCAGUGUUAUAUAUGGGUCAGCAGAUACUUUUACAAAUUGAUUAAAGAGUGAUUUGAUUGUAGACACAUCGGUUGCUAGUUUGACAUACGCAUCAUCAUUAUCGGUCGGUUUCAUUGAUUCCCCAUGAUUUCUCCUCCACAAUAUAGUCGUCUAUUUCGUUUAUUAUUGACUUAUUAUUGUUUGUUGAACUUCUGUUUAAUCUCAAACUGUUCGAUUAUAAUGUGACUGCUGGAUUCAUAUGGUUUUGAGGUGGGAAUGAUCGUUUAUAUGAGUCCAGUGGUCCUUCAUCGACUUUCGCUGUUGUCUUUAUAUGUGUUUACAUGAAGUUGUUCGCGCUACAUGUUAGUAAAAGUUUGGAAAUGAUUGGUGUUUCAUUUCGAUAUGAAGCGGUUCAGAGCCGGCUAGCUAUUUGCGAAAUGGUUUUCGUUAUGUCAUCGGUAGAACCUCAUGAUCUUAGCCUUCCAAGCGAAUCAUCAUCGUCAUCAUCAACGUGUAUACCAGCCAAUGCGGGUCAUUCGUCACAAACAGAAAUCAAGGUUGAGAAAGUGAACCAUAGCUGGACGGUUAAGAAUUUCUCUCACUGUUAUCAAGAAUAUUUGGAAAAUUUCGUCUAUCUGUCAAGAGGCGAUGAAACUUUAACAUGGUCAAUAAAGAUCUAUCCGAAAGGCAAUGGAGAGAACAACAAGGACUUUGUAUUCCUGUGUCUGAAUCGAGUUGUGAACAGCAACGCAAAAUCAACUAAAAUAGGAUUCAAGUCACGAUUCAUGCUCAGGACAGCUGAACUCAAGGAAAUUGAUAUGCGAAUUCAUCCGAAUCCAUCGCAUUCCGAUUAUGUUUCCUACAUAAAACGAGAUAUACUAUUUCCACAAAUCCUCCCACGAGAUCUGAUCAUAGUAAAUGUCGAAAUUGACGUAGCCGUUGAGACCAUCACGACAACUACCGAGCCUAUCAUGACAUCAAACUGUGAACAGCAGCUAGUGGAAGACUAUCAGCGAUUAUUCCGUGAUGACUUGCUGACAGAUUUCACAAUUCGAGUUGGAGGACGAGAAAUUCGUGCUCAUAGGGCAAUAUUGGCUGCCAGGUCUCCCGUUUUCCAAGCGAUGUUGAUGCAUGAAUUGACGAAUGAGACGAAGAGCGGUAUCCUGGAGAUUUGCGAUCUGGACUAUGAAGUUGUUUAUGAGCUAAUUUACUAUAUCUAUUGUGGAAGAUGCCAGAAAGAAAUAGGCGAUAUAGCAACUGAUUUGCUAAUAGCAGCUGACAAAUAUCGAUUGGUGGAAUUGAAGAAUCACUGCGAGAAGUUCCUGGUCGAGAAUCUAUCCAAUGAAAAUGUGUGCCAGCUACUGAUUCUGGGAGAUUUGUACAAUGCAGAGCGAUUGCAAGAGCGAGCUGUACAGUUCAUACUUCAACGGCCUAAAUAUAUCACAUCGACACCAGGAUGGGACGACAUAUUGAAACAGCAUCCUCAUCUAGUGACAAGAAUUGUCAAUCAUUUUGAUAAGGCUCCCACAUCAGGCAGUGCAACGACGGAUCCACUGGCAAUUCCUCCACCAUCUUUGUGAACGACGCACUUGCUGUCGGGUCAGCAUAUGACGUCAUGUUCUUCCUAAUCUAGAUGAUGUGAUUCACUUCUAAAAUUUCUAGUAGUACGCUCGUUUAGCCAAUUUUCCCUAAGAUCACUUCUGAAAUCUUCCAUCUGGUUGGUCCUAUCACAACCUUUACAGUCAGCAAUUCCUUUUCUACGUUGCGAUUUACAUUGCUUUCGACUGAUUCCAUAAAAACGGGCCGCGUAGCUGUAAGGCAUGUAGUGGGAUGUCUUUAGCGGUUCAAAUGCUCGCUGCCCUGCCAAGUCUAUCGCUAUAUGGGUAUGUUCCUAUGCUACUAAUACUACUACUACUACGAUUAUUACUGCGAUAUUAUUCGCUUGUCUGCUAUCGCUGUAACAUGGCAGCUAUGGGGGUAAAUCUUAUUCGCAUAGUAUGAAAAAAAAACCGCGCUAAUUUUGUUCUAUGUUGAUUUUUCUGCUUGUUCACUUCAAUCGGCGGUGACCAUUAGUCCUAAAUUCAUGAUGAGCUGAUCAUGACGAAAAUGAGGGUUUGAGUGGGUAUAUGACAUCUGAAAUGAUUGCUGCGGUUUCAUUGUACUUAAUCUAUAUAUCCUUAUAUGUAUCGGGAAAUCUUGUCUCUUCCGGUUAAUUAAUGCGUGUGUGCAGGUCGAAAUCACAGAGCGCUUUUGCGAGCCACAUUCACAAAGUCGGGCUGAUUCGAGCUAAUUUUCCCCCUCAAAAUUGAGUCAAAACGUGGGUAUUAUUUGCGAUUUUUGAUUUUCAUCCAUUAUUUGUUGUGUCGAACGCUUGGGGUAAUUCUUAUCUUCUUACUUCCCCUAUACGACUUCUUUAACAGAUGUGUGCCGCAGGAAGUGUGCUUAAGUGUUUUUCCAUGCGUCAUUUUUUUCGUCAAAAGUUACAAUAUUGCGUAAGCGUAAUGCCGCAUUGUAUGUUAUUUUUGCUUAACUGUACUUUUAACAUGAUGCUUUGAAUUGCUUGUGGUCGAGGCAUCACUUUUUCAACAAUGUAUCAUGUUCAUUUUUGUUCAUUAAUAAGUGUUCAUUAUGCUUAAGCUGUUGAAAUGCUGAAUAAAGAAGUUCACUUUGCGAAUAAGAUCAU